AUGUCUCUCCCCGAAGCUCUCAAACCGAUAUCAUGGCUCUCCGGUCGUUGGUCUACCAAAGACGGUCAUGGAAUGUAUCCUAACUUACCCAGUUUUCGCUUUCACGACGAAUUGGAGUUCUUGUGCAUUGGCCAACCAAUGUUCAACUUCACUUCAAUGUCGAAACAUCCAGAAAACCAGACUCCCAUGCAUCAAGAGAGAGGUUUCUUACGCAUCAAGCCUGGUACCAAUGAACUGGCAUUGGUCGUCAGUCACAAUUUCGGUUUAACAUCACUAGAGGAAGGUCAUUGUUGUGAAGAAACAAAAGAAAUUGUUCUAGAAACUGUUAGCGUAGCUAGGAUGUCCUUUGCCAAAGCCCCUGCAGUAAAAAAAUUUAAGCGAAUCAUAAAGUUACUGUCACCUCAAACGUUGCAAUGUGAAUUGUUUAUGGAAACUGAUACAACUCCUUUGAGUGAGCAUUUGAAGGCGAUUUAUACUAAAGUAGAGGAUUAA